AUGGUGUUGGCCAUGGCGUCUCAGGAUGCUCAAAACUUCUUCCAGCCUCUCUCUUCCUGGAUCUCUCGGGUAUAUGAAACUCUCCAGCAAGCGGGGGAUGUGUUAUCUGCCUCACUGGUCAACUUAAGCAAACAAGACUCUAAAUUGAAUGACAAACUAGACCAGGACUUAGAUAAUAUUCAGCUUCAGGAAACUUACUUUGAAGAUGAAGAACAGAGCAAUGAUUGGAGUCAAGAGGACACAAAUUCCUUGUUUCUUGAAGUGGACCAUUUUUCCUGUUGUAACAGUGAUUUGCAGGACUCUGCCCAAAGUUCAAGUCCUAGACUUAGCCAACAUGCAAAGGACUCAUGUUCCAUAAUAUCCCAGUGGCCCAAUCAGACCCAUGAUGACCAAAAGCCACCACAUGUGCUUUCUUCUAUUGCUGAGGAAGAACAUCACCUUGAAAAGCAGAGGAGUGGUCUUGAACAUGGCUUUGAGAGCCAGCUCUCUGGUACUUUAGAAAAUGUUUAUGGAAAAAAGCAAGUUAACAGCUUUGGAGACGAUGAAGAGCUGUGCACAUCUUCCGACUCUGAUGAGGAGGUGAUCAAACAGUUUGAGAUUUCUGUGUCCCGGUCCCAGAGUUUCCGUUCAAGAGCACCUGAGAAAGGCAAGCAGACAGGACCGGAGCAGAAACCCAAACUGCGCCGCUUGCUCUCUACCAGCAAAGAGGACAGCACGCAAGUGUCUGCCUGUGAAGAUUUGGAUGGAGCCAGCCAACUGACUUAUCCUGAGAAUCUGUCUUAUGGUGAAGAGGAUCCCAUCUCUGCCCCCUCACAGUCCCUGUGUGAGGCGGGCGAUGCCAGGCACCAGAGUGCACCUCCCCAGGGGACCAGUGUGGUGCGCAGCCUCCGGCGUCAGUCCACAGAGGGCAGCUUGGAGACGGAGACGGCUUUCAAUGACCGGGGGCUCGAAGACUCCUAUGCCACUGACGGCUCCUCUGUGUGGGGUCCAGAGGAGCAAGAUGGGGCCACUUUUCAGGUGCCAUCUGGGGUUCCAGAGCCCAUCUCAAAAUGUGGCAAUCUGGAUGUCAUCUUUGAAUAUAGAGCUGCCAGCCAAAAACUCACAGUGACCAUCGUGAGAGCACAGGGCCUCCCGGAUAAGGACCGAAGUGGCAUCAACUCCUGGCAAGUUCACGUAGUCCUGCUGCCCAGUAAGAAACAAAGGGGCAGGACGAACAUACAGAGAGGGCCCAACCCUGUGUUCAAGGAGAAGGUCACCUUCGCCAAGCUAGAGCCCAGAGAUGUGGCCGCCUGUGCUAUCCGCUUCCGCCUGUAUGCCGCCCGCAAGAUGACCCGUGAGAGAAUGAUGGGAGAGAAGCUGUUCUAUCUCAGCCACCUGCACCCAGAAGGGGAAAUGAAAGUGACUCUGGUCCUGGAGCCAAGAAGUAAUAUCAGUAGUGGAGAGUCUCCGCUCAGCCCAUCUGCCCUUUCUCACAGUGAUAGUGCUUCAUCCACGCAGUCGCUGUCUCAUGGAGGGGCGCCAGAGCUGUUGGUGGGGCUGUCCUAUAAUGCCACAACGGGGCGAUUAUCUGUGGAAAUGAUCAAAGGCAGCCAUUUCCGAAACCUCGCUGUGAACAGAGCGCCUGAUACAUAUGGAAAACUCUUCCUCCUCAAUUCUGUGGGUCAAGAGAUGUCCCGCUGCAAGACAUCUAUUCGACGUGGUCAGCCCAAUCCUGUCUAUAAGGAGACCUUUGUUUUCCAGGUGGCCCUCUUUCAGCUCUCUGAUGUCACGCUGAUGAUUUCCAUUUAUAACAGGCGUACUAUGAAGCGCAAAGAGAUGAUUGGUUGGAUUGCCCUGGGCCAAAACAGCAGUGGAGAGGAGGAACAAGACCACUGGGAGGAAAUGAAGGAGACCAAAGGCCAGCAGGUCUGCAGGUGGCAUAGCUUGCUUGAGUCCUAGGUCUAUCAACAGGUGUCUUUAUGCUACAUCCAUUCU